CCGUUUUCGUUCAAUACAAUUUUGAUACUGCACGGGCAAAAAUGUAAACACGGAAGUGAAAUUGCUCUGCUACACAGACAUGUGAACACUAGGUCGCCCGUGUAACUUGGAAACCGAAAUGUCUAAGAAAAAACUUGCAGAAUUAAAGUUUCUACCAGUGGUAUAUACAGUUGAAGACGAUAUGAAAAAUGGAGGAAUGUCAAACGUCUUUUCUUACAACAACUUGGUCCAUGCUGUGGCUGGAGCUGUGGGAAGUGUUGUCAGUAUGACAGUGUUUUACCCAUUGGACACGGCCAGGACUCGACUGCAAGUUGAUGACAAGAGGAAAGCCAAGCACACACAUUCAGUGUUAGCUGAUAUUGUACAGCAAGAGGGAUUCCUAUCCUUAUACAGAGGUCUAGUUCCCGUGGUUACGACCCUAUGUUGCUCAAACUUUGUCUACUUCUACACAUACAACAGCUUGAAGACGGUCUUCCUUGGUGCUGAUAUGAAAACCAGCCCUGGGAAGGACCUCACAAUUGCAUUUGUAUCAGGUGUGGUGAAUGUGUUGGUGACCACACCACUGUGGGUUGUGAAUACACGACUCAAGCUUCAGGGUGCGCAUAUGGAGACGGAGGAGAUGCAUGAGAAUACGGGCAGCAGAUACAAGGGCAUUCUAGACUGUCUAAUCAAGAUAGUGAGAGAGGAGGGUUUGUCUGCAUUGUGGAAUGGGACCAAGCCAUCGUUAGUGCUUGCCACAAAUCCUGCCAUUCAUUUCAUGGUGUACGAGGCAGUGAAACGUUACUUCCAGCAUUACUUCAGGCAAACUGAGUUGAGUGGAUUCAUGUACUUCAUUAUCGGUGCCAUAGCGAAAACUGUAGCCACUGUUGUCACAUAUCCACUACAGAUCAUCCAGUCUAGAAUGAGGGCUAGUUACAAAAAGGAGAAAAAAUCCCACAGUAUUAUUGGUGCUUUGUCGGAUAUUAUGAGGGUAAGUGGGCUGACGGGUCUUUACAAGGGUAUGGAAGCCAAGCUUCUACAGACUGUGUUGACCGCAGCCCUCAUGUUCAUGGUGUACGAGAAGCUUGCAUCCGCCACUUUCAGGGUUAUGGGGCUGGAGUAUGUCCGCCCAGCCACCGUCAGAUAGCGCUACCACACUGCUCAACAUUAAGCGGAAAACCAGCAUUAGAUAACUUUACCAAAAACCAUCAUGAAUGUAUUUUAUCGAUUCAUCUUGUCUUGUUUACUUUUUUUAAUGAAUAUUGAAAUGGAACAUUUUUUAUGAUUUUUUAUGAUCUGAAAUUCAUGAACCUUAACCAAAGGCUUUUGUUUAAAAGUAAAUAUGUAUGUAAAUAUAUUUGUUAGUAAUUAAAGCUAAUUUACUCCAGUUUAAAAACAAAAAGUCAAUGUGUCAAUUACAUAUCACUGAGUAAUGGACUCCAUAGUAUAUGACAUUAUGUAAUGUUCCUUGUUUCAAACAAAUAAACACCAAGUUCUGCCCUUUUAUGUUGCCUGAUGGUAAAAAUAAUUCAAAGUCAGUUAUCUUUAAAGGUAAGAAAAAAUUAUUUAAUGUUUGGAAAAAAAUAUAUAGUACUUGUAAUGUUGUGGUUAUGUUUAAUCUGAGAGAGAGAAUAUUGUCAAAGUUUGAUUAUGAUAAAUUAUUAAAUAUGGCCGGGAAUUUAUGAAAGGCUUUUUCUAUUGAUAUCAGUGUUGUAAACAAUUCUGAGAUAUUUAAAAUAUGUGCUCAAAUCAAAUUUAAUAAUUAUUGUUUUCAUGGUCAUAGUGACCAACGUAUCAAGGUUUUUUGAAAUUAUGAAUCAAAUUUGCAUCCAUAAUAUUCUACAUUUCAAUCAUAACUUGAGUGUGAAAAAAAGAUUGAGACUUUGUGAUAUCCUUUUUGUUGUUGUUGCUGCAAUUGUUGUUGUUGGCAUGCAAAAAAAAAAUGUUGGCCAUACAUGUAUGAUCUCGAAUAUUAAAGUAUUCAAGAAGUUAAUGUAAACCUGGUUCACUAGUAUACCUCAAUAUAUACAUAUUAAAAUAAAGUAUUUUAACACCUUUAAUAAACCAUUUUAGACCAGCACUUUAUCAGUUUUAAAUGAAACACAAUUAUUUUCAACUUCAUCAUGUGUGCUGCUAUUUUGAACAUAGCAGAGAAUUUUCUAUGCCUGUAAAAUAUAUUUUAACUUGUUUAAAAUGACUUUAUAAUUGAAUUACUUACUUUCCUAUAGAGGAUAACAAAGAAAUUGAGAAUCAGCAUAUGUGUAGUAGGACUCUGGCCAAAAAUGUUAAGUUGAAAUAUGCCUGUUAUGUUGACCACCUGAGAAAAGAAACAGAAGAGCAUUUGCAUCCCCUUGUGGUGUUCUUGUUUCACUUUCAAUCAGUUUUGCAAUCCAUCCAUUUGGACAAUUUUAUUGCAUUAUUUUUAGCAUUAUUUUUAUUAUAUAUACUAUUCAUGAUUGUAUCUAUUCAGGACUUACAUGUACAUUGAAUCUGUUUUAGUUUCUACUCAAACAAGUUGAGUUAUGUAAAUCAGAAUGAGUGUUUAAUUCCAUUCACUAGGAAAGUGGGUGAAGUUAUUUUUGUACCAUGUUGUCAAUUUGAAUAGUGGUAUAAUUUAUCCACAAUAUAGUUAUAGCACACACUAAAGUAAUUUCUUGGAUAAGCUAAGCCUCCUUUUUAUCAUUCUUAUACAGGUUAAUGAAUAGGCGAAAACGAAGAAAACACCUAACAACAUGGUACAAAAUAUGUAUGUGUCUUAUAUACACAUGAUGUGUUUAACUUGAUUAUAGAUGCAUUAGUUGUGAGGAUAAUCCUGAUAUAAAUUUGUUGCUCAAAAGUGUGAUACAAUCUGCUGUUUAAAGCUGAGUUUAAAGUAUCUUCACUAAAUAGUAUCAUUACUGUUUCAACUUUUUUAUAGCCUAUUUUGGGGUUGUAGUUGACAUAAUAAUUAUUUUCAUCAUGAUUUAGUUAAUUUACACAUUAUAUAAUGUCAAAUUAUAUUAAACAAUAAAAAUAUUAAUGAAUAUUUCACAAAUUAUUGAUAAAAAGUGUAUUCAUGUAUUGUAUGUAAUACAUGUUUAAACAGAAUGGGACGUUUCCCAUAUUAGUGCCAUAAUCAGAUCACACUUUACUCGCUGGAAUGUUUUUAUAUAUGUAUUUUAAACAUUGGUUUUAUAAAGUGCACGUAUCUUACGUUUAUUUUUUAUAUUCUUUCACUGUUUCAGUUAUAAUGUUAUGGUCAUGACAUAAUUGUUGUGAAUUAAAUGCUUGAAAAAUGAAAAUCAUGAUUGACAACUGUAUGUUGGCACAGUGUUGGGGUAUGAUGAUGUUUGUUGGUCUCAAGCACAACAUGAUAGUUUUUUAAAUGAUUUGUUUAAUAUACACAUGCUUGACCAAAUAAAACAUUUUCAGAUA